AUGUCUACUGCAAAAAAAUAUGCUGUGCCUCCUGCGGAACCAACAGGUUUCCGUAUUUUUGUACGUGCUACAUAUUCAGCAAGAUACAAUUUUGCUGUUCAAAAUUACAAUGCCGUAUCCGCUAAUCGUAAAUUAAGUAUGUUUGGUAACCGUUUUCUCUUGUUUCGAUCAAUCGUAGCUGUUGUAUGGAUCGCAUCAAUGGCUUUUGCAGUUCUUGCUUUACUCAAAGCUGCAUUUGUUGCCGUUCCUAUUAUUUUUGGCUUGAUAUAUAUUGCAAUAUCAGCUUAUAAUAUUUAUGUAUUUAUUGAAAAUCGUAGUCUGCUUAAUGCAACACGUCUCUUACGAGCAAAAUUUGCUGGGCCAACCGGUCUUGAUUGUGAAUGGAUAGCUGUGCCACUUGAUUCACGUAGUGCAAACGAAAGAUUAGCUGCUGUUGAGCAAGCUGCACUGGAUAAUGUUCGACGAGAAUGUGCGGGAAAUAGUGUAGCCGAAAUCGAUUGUUUAGUUUAUACAAAACGUUAUGCUGACACGUUUCCUUCAUUUCCAAAAGAAGUUCUUCUACAUUUCUUGGCAUUCUUGAUAGCAAUUGCAGUUGGUAUUCUAUUGGCUGCACUUUAA